AUGCGAACCAAGCAGUCAGCAGUCUACUGGGGGCGUCGUCCAGAGUACAUUGCCCGCCCCGCUGGAAAGCACGGCGGACGGAUCAGGAGCCAGCAUAAGUCACGUGUAAGAUACACGAGGGAACCUUCUAGCAUCGAACCACAGAGACACCACUACUACGACCCGACGCCGGUAGCCUUACUGAGGUCAUGUCCACACUCGGCAUACAGCACCGACAACGGUCGCCCUACUCGCGACCACUCCCCACUGCCGGACAAUGGUCGCCCUACUCGCGAUCACUCCCCACUGCCGAACAACGGUCGCCCUACUGGCAACCACUCCCCACUGCCGGACAACGGUCGCCCUACUCGUGACCACUCCCCACUGCCAGACAACGGUCGCCCUACUCGCGACCGCUCCCCACUGCCGGACAACGGUCGCCCUACUCGCGACCGCUCCCCACUGCCGGACAACGGUCGCCCUACUCGCGACUACUCCCCACUGCCGGACAAUGGUCGCCCUACUCGCGACCACUCCCCACUGCCGGACAACGGUCGCCCUACUCGCGACCACUCCCCACUGCUGGGCAACGGUCGUCCUACUCGCGACCACUACCCACUGCCGGACAACGGUCGCCCUACUCGCGACCGCUCCCCACUGCCGGGCUUCCGGUCACCCCUGCUGCGCGUGCAACGAGGAACCGACAGUUCAAUCAGUUAG